AAGGAAAAUCACAACACUCAUUUUUCGAUGCCACCAGUACUAAAGCGUCUUACCUCACUUGCACCUCCUCUCACGACCAAGGCGAUCAUAGAUGAGCUUCGCUUAGUAAAUAGUGGAGACUAUAAACCCUGGAAGCUUGAGCACACAACUAAUAAUGAAGAUAAACCCACCAGUUUCCUCUCAGCUCACUACCAGUUAUCUUCAUUUGCUAAAACGUGGUUAUUCUUGAGCGAGGUGGCCAGGGAAGCCAACAAAACCAAGCACCACCCGACAAUAAUUACCACCUAUAAUAAGGUGGACUUCAAAUUGACAACCCACGAUGCUGGUAAUCAGGUUACAAAUAAGGACAUUACCUUGGCCUACGCCAUUAGAGACAUUUUUCUUCAAGUGCAAGUGCUACCAGGAAAAAGCAAGCUGUUUGAGCUGUUCCUCAAGGGGAUCUCGGAACGUUCGAUGCUUUCGGAAGCAUCCAAAACCAUUGAGAACUUGAUGUCUGCUAAAGAUUCUAAGCAGAACAAAUCCUGAAGCCUAGCGCAUAUCAAACAUGAUUUAUAAAACCCUCCGCAUUGACCUCCAAAUAACUAUAUCCAACUAUGAAGCCCGCUCUUUUGAGACAUUUGAAAUGCUUGACAAGUUUACUAGCAGUAUCGGCUGCUUUCACAAUUACAUUGGAGGAUCAAGACCAUACCAAUGACGACUCAAUGCUCACCUGGCUUACAACGCGUCGGCCACUAGAAAUUGCAACGAUCAAUGACUUGGAUCCAGAAAGCCUAUACAAAACCGGUGUGGUGAUAGUUAAGGACACCAAAUCCAUUAUAUUACCAGAUGGAGAUUAUAUCGAUAUCGAGUCCUUUGGUGGUGGUGUACCUAUAAUAGGCGAUGAAACCUUGUUUGCGGAGUACAGCUUUAAAAAAACUGUACUCCACACACAGUCUGUAAGUAGGCCAUUGGGGUCUGCUCUCGACAAUUCGAGAUCUACAGUGGCCAACUCGGUGUCAUAUUCUGUGUCAGCUUCAAGUGGAAAAACCUUUUCACUCAUUGCUUCUGUUUCUGCUAAGCUUGUGCUUCAAACAGCAUUUGAGGCAGAAUUGGACAUCAGCAAAGGUACUCCCAUUUCGGUACAGGCGACGUGUAACGUUCCCGCUGGCAAAAAAGCACAGAUAAUAGCCGUGAUCUCGUUAGUUAAGGUGAAUGUUGAAAAGCGUUUGAUUACGUUACUGGCCUACAAGAACUUUUCUGAUUGUUUAAAGGGUCUUGUUCGUGCUAAUCCAAAGUCAUGUUUAAAGCCCAACUUUGGCUACGAGCUUGAAGAAUGGGAACGAACAGAGCUUGAGUUUGUCAAGUCAGUCACUUCCAAAUGUACUUCCCUUGACUGACUUUACAGGUCUAGUUUAUUCUUUAUAUAAUAUACAAAAUUAUCUGACUUAUUCGUAGGAAAAUUCCCUUUUAGCCAUACAGUACUUAUCCUUCACUUCUAUAGCUUCAUAAGUUCCUUCCAAACCAACCAUAACAGUGUAUUCAUGGUCCUUGAUGUUGUUGAUGGUUUGAGUCUCGAUGAUUUUAUUGACGCCUUUAUGAAGCUUGGAGUUCUUGGUUCUCUUGGCUUUCACGUUUGGAUCAAGAGUUCUGACGUACGUGAUAGAAAAUGGUGGUGUACCCGUGAAAGAGAACUUUAAUUCUGUUUGGUCUCCUUCAUGGAUGUUUUGACUUAUAUAAUCGCCAUGGUUUACUUCAACGGAAGGUAAGUCAUGAAUCACUAUUUCCAAGUCCUUAUACUUUUGGGAACUUGGUUCGAUGUUCACCAUACACUUUCCAGCAGACGAGUCUUCCAUACUGGAGACAUGAAUUAUACCUGGUUUUGCUGCCAAUCUUCUAAACUCGUUGGUGGUUUGGGCUUUAUGAUAAGUUCCUUGAAAUUCGUAUGAUAAUGUAAAAGGAGGUUCACCUAGCAAAUCGUAUCCAACAUGAUCUCCAACACAAUAGUAGCUCUUUGAUUGGUCAAACUUGGUGACAUCUGGAGCUGGGCUUAUUGAAAGUAUAAGGGUACUGAGAUUCUGGGUCUUCUUUUCACAUCUGUUGCUAUCGCUCACUUGAGUUAUACUGAGUUCAUAUUCGCCUUGUUUGAGAUAUUUCCAGAUAGGCACAUUCUUUGAGUCAACAGCAUCAUUCAAGUUUAUUGUGGGACCAUUGAUAUUUUCAAUGGUGAACUUCUUCUCUAAGCUGUCCCCAAUAAGCAUUAUUUGAGCAGAAAAGGGAGCUUUUCCAGAAACAGAGAUCGAAAGAGAGUCCAAUUCAUUAAUGUACUUGCUGAGGGAUGCUUCACAUAAUUUUAAAACAUCCAUCUUUUCAAAUACAAUGCUUGGAGCUGGCAAAACCUCAUAAGAGAUAAUCUGCGGUUUGAAUCCUCUAUCAGGGGAUUUACUUCUUGUGUAAAGACCAUCAAAUAUCCUCUUGAAUCGGUGCUCAUAGAGCCCACUAUUGUCAGUUGGGAGGUCGAUGAGCAACUUGCUCUUGUCACUAGUCAUAGUUCUGGAGUCAGUUUUUCCACUUGGAAACUUAAUUUCGUAAUCCACCAUAAAAGGUCCUUUACCUUCGAAAU